UAAAAGAUGUCAAAAUAAGGUGAUAUCGUCCAUCCCUACUUUGAACACGUUAACUGUUUAUAAAUAGAAAUUUGGUUUGAUCAGUUGUCUCAAAGUGAAAUUGAAGAUCAGCCACGUUCUGGUCGGCCCUCUGGCAUUAACGAUGACAUUAUGCGAAAUUUAGUGGAUACUAAUUCAAGAAUUUCAACACAAGAGGUUGCCGAGAGGUUAAACGUCGACAGAUCGACAGCAUUUCGACAUUUAAAAAAACUCGGAUACGGUUUAAAACUCGAUGUUUGGGUGCCACUUAAUCUAACGGAAAAGAAUAAAAUGGAUCGAGUCUUUACAGCCAAUUGUUUGCUUGACCGACUAAAAACCGAUCCAUUUCUAGAUCGAUUAGUGACAGGAGGCGAAAAGUGGAUCCAAUAUGACAACGUAGAACGGAAACGAACUUGGAAACAAACGAAUGAAAGCGAUCAACCCUUGCCACAAACCGGCUUGCAUCCUCAAAAAGCUAUAUUGUUUGUAUGGUGGGAUUGCAAAGGUAUAAUCUUUUAUGAACUGCUCCUUAUUAGUGAAGCGAUCAAUUUUGAUAAAUAUUGUCAACAAUUGGACAAUUUGAAGAAAGCAAUUAAAGAAAAACGACCGAUUCUGGCCAAACAGAAAAACAUUGUCUUCCAUUAUGACAAUACUAGACCUCACACUUCGAUGCAAAUACAGUGCAAACUCAAGGAGCUAAAGUGGGAUCUUUUGUUACAUCCGCCCUAUUCUCCUGACAUUGUUCCAUCAGAUUAUCAUUUGUUUCGAUCGUUGCAAAAGAGUUUAAACAAUAGGAAAUUCACCUCUUUUCACAAUCUACAAAACUAUAUUUCUUCAUUCUUUGAUGAAAAGCCAGCUACCUUUUAUGAAAAGGGCAUACAAAUGCUGCCAGACCAGUGGCGAAAGAUAGUAGAAAACAAUGGUAAUUACUUAAUAGAAUAGAUAAAUUGUUUUUGAUAAAAUUAUUUAGUCCAUUUUUAUAUUAGGAAAUUAAACCUCUUGCAUUCACCCAAUAUUAUAAUUUGAGAGAAUUAUAUAAUUUUAACCAUAAUUAUAUAAUUUAGACUGUAAUAAGAACAUUGAU